AGGAGGCAGUGGGAGUGUUAGGGAAAGACAGGGAUAGGACGAAAGAGAGACAGAUCGGGUAGAGCGGAACGCUUACUACUCACAUGUGCGCGUAGUUAGUUGCGGGUUAUUUCGUAAUGUGAUUUUUAGAUACCCUAAGCUAAAUAUAAAUCGUAUUUUGAUUUACCUUGCUACAUUUACGACCUCUCAAGCUAGCAAGGCUAGCUAAAUUAGCUAGCUAAUUCGUGAAGCACCGACUGCCGCUGCUACCCGCCGGAAACUGAACAGAUAAACUGAAGAUCAGGAACAAUCUCGUCAAAUUAAUUAUUGAGAUAUUUAUUAAUAUAUUGUUGUCAAGUUUGCUACUUUGAGUUGAACAGUAUUAUCUGUUAGCUUUAUACAAAUUAAUCAAACAAAAACAUCGCCGAAGUGCAGAGGUAGAGUGACAAGGACGAGAGUGAGGGAGAAAGGGGAGGAGAAUUGACAUUAAAGCAACACAACAAGGAAACUACACUGAAGACACAGACGCCUUCAUUUUAUGUUUUUGAAUAAUAGCCUGCUAGCAAGCUAGCUGGAAAGCUAACUGUAUGCAUUAAAAUAACUCUGUAACACAGUCCCCAGCAAGAAAUCCUGUUGAACCGGAGCUACAGCACCAGGAUUGUCGGAAAUGGGCUCAGAGCCACCAUCACCCCCACAGGUGGUGGAGGAGGGAGGAGAGGAGGAGGAGGAGGAGCUGAGUGGGGGAGAGGAGGUGGACUCCAGGACAGUGCCUGGCCGAGGAUCCCUGCUGACGAGGCGGGGCAUCACCCUGCGUGUGCUGCUGAAAGAUGGCCUGGUGGAGCCUGGGGACGGCGUGCUGUCCAUACACUACCUGGGUAAGAAGUUUGUGGGCGACCUGCUGUGUGAUGGGAAGAUCCGCUGGGUGGAGACGGGCCAGAUCUUCAACUCUCCCAGUGCCUGGGCUACACACUGCAAGCGGCUGGUCAACCCUGCCAAGAAGUCGGGCUGCGGCUGGGCUUCCGUGCGUUACCGUGGCCAGAAGCUGGUGCAGUACAAAACCAGCUGGCUGCACAAGUACCAGCCCAGUGCUGAGAUGAGCCUGGCGAGUGAGGGAGAGGACGAGGAGAUGGGAGAAGAUGAUGACGAAGAGGGGAAGACAGCUGUGCAGACAGACGAGAGAAACAGGAAGAGCAAACCUGAGCCACAUGAGAUCAGCCUGGUCAGCCAGAGGAGAGGAGAGAGAGAUAGGGUGCCUGUCAGAUACUGCACUCUUGGCAGCAGGGAUUCUGCAAGGGACCCCCACACCCUCGUGGAGCUCUCUGCCUUCUCAGCCAUCAACAGGUUCCAGCCUUUCAACGUGGCCGUGUCCAGCAACGUCCUGCUACUGAUGGAUUUCCACUGCCACCUGACCAGCAGUGAGGUGGUGGGCUACCUGGGAGGCCGCUGGGACACAAAUACCCAGCUGCUGACAGUCCUGAGGGCUUUCCCAUGUCGCACACGAUUGGCUGACAGAGAUUCCGCGCCAGCCGUUGAGGAAGAGAUCUGUCAGAACCUGUUUAUGCGGGGCCUCUCACUGGUGGGGUGGUACCACAGCCACCCCCGCGGGCCCGCCUUGCCCUCCCUGCAGGACAUCGACUCCCAGAUGGACCACCAGCUGCGACUGCAGGGGAGCAACAAUGGCUUCCAGCCCUGCCUGGGCAUCAUCUGCGGUCCCUAUUAUCAUGGGAACCAAGGUGUGGCUUCUACUAUAACACCGUUCUGGGUAGUACCACCUCCGGAGCAACGGCCCAAUGACUAUGGCAUACCUGUAGCAGUGGAAGUGACCUAUGUGCAAGACAACUUCCUCACCAGUGACGUCCUCAAUGAGAUGAUGUUGCUGGUGGAUUUCUACAGAGCUGCCCCUGACUUGGUGCAGUUCAGUCAGCUAUGGAGCCCCGAAACCACAGUGCUGGACAAAAUCAAGGGCUCUCUGAGCGGCCACGCCCCCAAAGACCAGGCUUACUCCCAGAUUUUGGAGCAUGUCUACAACCAGCUGAGCAACAGCCACUGAGGAAGGGGGUGUGCACAGCGCUGCCGAACCCGCCCCUCUCUGCCCUCACCUGCGGUCGGCACUUCAGGCUGCUGCAGCUCUCAACCCUCCUGGUGCUGCGUCCUCGGUCCGAUCUGCCUGAGCAGCAGGGCAAGGCCGCCCUGACCACAGACACACUGUGAAUGGAGUGUGCUCCUCUCUCCCCUCCCCGAGGGCGCCUGUGUACUCAUAUGCCUUUAUGACUGUAAGGUCUGUAUCACUGAUGUCGUUUGUACAGUUAUGUUAUGUUUGUGCUGUGAGCUUGUCCUCCUGUCAUAUGUUGUUGUAUGGUGUUGGUGUGUUGUGGCGUAAUCCGGAAGGCCAGUUUGGAGACGACCCACUUAAGAAAUCUUAAUCUUACCUGUAUCUCUUCCAUGGUGUGUUUGUCACACGUCUUGAGGUUAAACUGGGAACAAUGCCUUCAUCUGCUGAAUACCUUAAUAUAAAUACACAC